CAACACCCUGAAUUGCCCGGGUCGCGGUGAACAGGAGCCGAGGUCCUGGUAAUCGAUCACCUGAACAAACCGUGGGCAAGCGACCGGGCCAAAGCAGCCGACAUCUGGUGGGACAUCCUGGGGUCAUCGAGACCGCUGUCCAUUUUCAACCAUCGUAGCAAUCUGGUUCGCAUGCUCAGGAUCAUGCGGACCUCUCGCGUGGCCAAAGAGACAUCCAAGUACUUCGACUCGGGGCCGGCCACAACCGUGCUGCCGCGACGUUCCACGCGCUCCAGCCUCGCGCGCUUCGCACAUGCCGACGGCCCGGCCGCCGCCACCACCAAAGGCAACGGCAAUGCCCACAAUGCAGACGCAGACUUGGCCUUCGGGUCCGACAUCGAGGAUGCCGUCCAGACAACCGUCACGCGCAAGCGCAAGCGCACCACAACACUAGCCCAGUCGUCGCCCCGGCGGGCCGCAACCAGGACUACGAGGGCCGAGGUCAAGACACAAGUCAAGACAGAAACCAAGACGGAGCACGAACUUGACGCAGGAGAAGACCUCGGCGCGAAGCCGACGCCGAAGCCGCGCGGCCGCGCGCGCAAGCCGGCGCGCAAGACGACCGACGCAACAACCGGCGAAACGAAGGUCGAGCCGCCGUCGGACUGGGAAGAAGUCUACCGCCUGGUCAAGGAGAUGCGGCUGACGGGCCCGGCCGCCAACGCCGCCGUCGACACGAUGGGGUGCGAGCGACUCGCCCGGCCCGACGCCAGCGCGCGCGACAGGCGGUUUCAGACCCUCGUGGCGCUGAUGCUGUCGAGCCAGACCAAAGACACGGUCAACGCCGAGGCCAUGGCACGGCUCCAUAAUGAGCUGCCGCCGCACAAGCCGGGCGCGCCGCCGGGCCUGAACCUGGAGAACAUGCUCGCGGUCGACCCGGCGCUGCUGAACGAGCUAAUUGGCAAGGUCGGCUUCCACAACAACAAGACUAAAUACCUCAAACAAACCGCCUCCAUCCUCCAAUCCGACUUCGCCUCCGACAUCCCCCCCACCGUAGCCGGGCUGUGCUCGCUGCCGGGCGUGGGGCCCAAGAUGGCGCACCUCUGCAUGAGCGCGGCCAACGGCUGGGGCCGCGUCGAGGGCGUCGGCGUCGACGUGCACGUGCACCGCAUCACCAACCUGUGGGGGUGGCACGCGACGCGCACGCCCGAGGAGACGCGCCGCGCCCUCGAGGCCUGGCUGCCCCGCGACCGCUGGCGCGAGAUCAACUGGCUGCUGGUCGGCUUCGGGCAGACCGUCUGCCUGCCCGUCGGCCGGCGCUGCGGGGACUGCGAGCUCGGGCUCAGGGGCCUGUGUCGGGCCGCUGAGAGGGGGAAGGUUGCUGAGGGGAGGAGGAGGAGGGCCGCGUUGGAGAGGAGGGAGCUGAAGGUGGAGGUGGAUGUGGAUGGGGAGGGGGGUGUGAAAGUGAAGAAGGAGGAACAGGAAGAGGUGGAGGUGGAGGUGGAGGAGGAGAUGGUUGCGGGGGAGGUGGCUACGAAUGAGCCAGUGCCAGGGCCGUUGAGCGGGACAGAGGUCAAGGUGGAGGAUGGAACAGGCGGCUGAUCCGAUGAGCGCAACGCUUGUGACGGUCGGCCGACGCUCACUAAGACAACUGCAACUACUGUUUACCCGUUGAUGACUUGGUGUUGGCGAGCUCGGCAAAUCGGCGCCGUCCCCGCUUCUACACCCCACAUCGCCAGUGCCCCGUGAUAGCGCCAGUGCUAUAGUCAUUCUUGGCGUGCGUCGA